CGUAACCACAACGAAAAACAUGAACAGCAACAAUACCUUAAACUCGAAGACAGAGUUCAAGAAGCUUAUAAAAAUAUGAAUAUAGAGCUGCCAAACGCAUUGUGGCCAUGGUAUGUGUAUCUUGAACAUUCCUCCCACAUUACCGAAAGUCGUUCGUCUAUGGAGUUUCUCUAG